CAUAAGAUUUGCUUUCAUGGUUUGAUCCGCACCGCGGGCUUCCUGUUCCUCCCCGGCUUCCGUCCUUUCCUUUCUCGUCGAUAGGAGCGGGUCCCCAUUGCAGUGAUGGCCAAGAUAAAAGCCCGUGAUUUACGAGGGAAGAAGAAGGAAGAGCUGUUGAAACAGCUAGAUGACCUCAAGGUGGAACUGUCUCAGCUCCGCGUUGCCAAAGUGACUGGCGGAGCAGCUUCCAAACUCUCCAAGAUCCGGGUGGUUCGAAAAUCCAUUGCCAGAGUGCUGACCGUCAUUAACCAGACCCAGAAAGAAAACCUCAGAAAAUUCUACAAAGGCAAGAAAUACAAGCCGCUGGACUUGCGCCCGAAGAAGACACGAGCCAUGCGGAGGAGGCUCAAUAAGCACGAAGAAGGUCUUAAGACCAAAAAACAGCAACGGAAAGAACGGCUUUAUCCGCCUCGCAAAUACGCCGUGAAGGCCUGAAGAACUGUCGAAGAAGAAGAGCUGGCCCAUUAAAAAGUUUUUCAACAAAAAAGAGGAAGCUGUGGUUAUGUCUCUUGGGGGGAAUCCAGCGGUUGGGCUCGGAGAUAAAGACGGUAGUUAGCUUGCAAGGUUGCUUUACCUGCGUAGGUAAGAUGGAUGGGAAGAGUUUCUCCCUUCCCCCUGUAAUGUUAUUAAAAGUCUCGGAAAAAUAA